AUGGCAACCCGCUGCACCGCUUCGUCCCGGUUGGGCCUGCCCACCAUUCUGCGCGGCCUCUUCCGGGCCGAGUUUGCUGGUGACUUGCGCAUUCCAAGCACCCUCCCCAAUCGCAGUCCGCUCGCCUCACGCCCCCAUCUACCUCGAGGACUGCAGCACUCACGGCAGUUCAGCACAAUCCCGACCCUGCGCGAUGCUCAAGACAUUGUGUUCGAUCUCACGACGCCAGCCGGGGCUCCUCCUGAAACGAAACCCACGGAGAGACUCGAGUCUGGAAGGUCAGGAAAGGGGAGAAGGGCCAGAGAAAACGCCAAGGCAAUAAGGAGCGAGUCUACAUCCGAUCCCACCAAGAAGAAAAAGAAACUCGAGCACUGGCAAAUGCAGAAAGAAGCCCUCAAGCAGAAAUUCCCCGUCGGCUGGAGCCCGAUGAAGAAGCUGUCCCCCGACGCGCUGGAGGGCAUCCGCCACCUGCAUGCGACUGCCCCUGAUCGAUUCACGACGCCCGUGCUGGCGAAUCAGUUCCAAGUCUCGCCCGAGGCCAUUCGCCGCAUCCUAAAGGGAAAGUGGCGGCCGUCGGAGGAUGAGAUCGAGAAACGGCGGGUGCGAUGGGAGAAACGACACGACCGUAUAUGGGGACGAAAGGCGGAGCUGGGACUGCGCACACCGACCGAGCGCAGUAAAGCCUUGACCGACUCGAAUAUUUUGUAUGAUCAGAAUUAG